CAGGAGGAUUUGUAGCAAAAUAAAAUGUGUGGGGGUACACCAAAAGCUACAAAUGGGACAAGGACACAAAUAGAAAGAGCAAGAAACAACAACGAUGUACCACUUGGAAGAAGUCUCUCUUGUACCAAAUCGGAUGAAAGGAUUAGAAAAUCUUUGAGAGACCAAAGUGUCAGCUGUGUGAACAAAGUGACUACACUGCUGCAAAACAGCUGGUCCUCUUCAGAGUUUGACUUGAAUGAAAUCCGCCUGAUAGUUUACCAAGACUGCGAGAGGAGAGGCAGACAGGUCUUAUUUGAUUCCAAAGCAGUCCGCAAAAUUGAUGAAGCUGUGGCUCAGAAAAUGGCAGAGGAUGCUUCUGUAAAGACUUCUGUAAAGAACUGCCAAGCAAGCAAUGGGAGCAACAAUAAUUCUCCCCAUAGUCCCUCAGUAAGCUGUAUGCAAAAUAUCAAAGAACAGAUAUCAAAGUAUCAGUACACCAGACCAGCCUCUGAUGUCAAUAUGCUGGGAGAAAUGAUGUUUGGCUCAGUAGCAAUGAGUUAUAAAGGCUCCACCUUGAAAAUUCACUAUAUACG